UCCGAAGGCUAUUUACAACUUGGUACCUAUAGUUAUUAUUAGGGUUAAUACCUUGUUAUGACCCAAACUAUGACCAUGUAAUCAACUUUGGCCAAUGGUUUGAGAAAUUAACAUCCUGACCCGAACUAUGCAGCAUAUAGACAAAAUUGGCCUGGAGCGUGGUUUGACCGUUUGUUUGGACGGUCAACACCGUUGACCGUUAGUCAACUGUCCAAGGUCACUGCCAUGUCAGCAUAAAAAAAUUAUAAUUUCAUUUUUCUUUUUAUUUCAUUUACAAAAUUGAAUAAUUAACAAACAAAAAAAACUUUUGGCCCACCCAUCCCCACCUUAUCCCCUCACCUUCUUUCCUUUUCGAUCAGACCCAACCAAACCCUAUCUUCCAUCUUCUUCCUCCUUCUUCCCCGACGAGCCGCCACCUCCAUUCUCUCCGACUUCAAAUGCAGCGGAGAGCCGCCGCCUGCAUCAUCUUCACCAGCUUCCCCUGAAACCGUAAAACCAAAACCUCCACACAAGCUCUGCCUCUUCGACCAGCUCUUCCCCUUAACCUACACUCCACUCAUCCUCUUCUACGCCAACCCUGAAAACCCCAAAUCUCCAAUCCACCGAUCGCUUCAUCGCCCACCUGAAGUGCUCUCUUGCCGAGACUCUGACCGUCUACUACCCUUUCUCCGGCAGGACGAAUUCGGGCAAUUUGCUCAUCGACAGGUUCGGGGAAAGCAUCCCGUUCAUCCAUGUCAAGGUCAAAAGCUGUCGCCUUUCCGAUUUCCUCAAACUCCGUGAACCGGAAAACCUCAACUGCCUCCUCCCUCGAGCUCCCUUCCGUCGAGAAAGCUUCGAAUUCGACUCCCCUGUUUUGGAGAUGCAGGUCUCUGUUUUCUCCUGUGGCGGAAUCGCCCUGGGAUGGGACACAAACAGAUCAGGAAGCACUGCUCGGAAUUGAGUCCUUCCCCGAGCCCUAGUUCCGCAGCUGGUUCAAAAUCAUCGCCGUGGAAGCGGCGGCGGAGCAAGCUGAUCAGAAUCAUUGCUCCAAGCGCGGCCGGAUUGGUGGUUUUGUUCCUGGUGGCGGCGGUGCUUGUUUUGUGCCUAGUUCGGCGGAACGGGAAGGCGAAAGAGAAUGCGGAAGUGAAAGGCAGAGACAGCGGCGGGGGAAGCUUGGGCGGAGGCGGCGGCGGCGGCGGAGAGAGCGGGGGCCCCAGUGGUGGAAGGCAAGGGGGUUUUCGUGGGAGAAAGGGGAGAGCAUGGGAACACUGGUGUUCCUUGGCGCAGGGGAUCAGAUGAUGAGUUACAGUUUGGAGGCGGCGAGAAUGGAGGCGGCGGCUCGUCGGGGAAGAAGGAGGAAGAAGAAGGAAGAUAGGGUUUGUUUGGGUUUGAUCGAAAAGGAAAGAAGGUGAGGGGAUAAGGUGGGGAUGAGUGGGCCAAAAGUUUUUUUUUUAAUUAUUCAAUUUUGUAAAUGAAAUAAAAAGAAAAAUAAAAUUAUAAUUUUUUA